AUGGACCUCGGAAGUUUGGACAACAUCCUGGCAAGACAUUACAGCCUUCCACUUGGAGAAGCAGCUUGGGUAACGUCUGUGCUUCGAGAGACUGAAAACGACCUCUCGAUAAUUGCUGGCAACAUUUCUCUCCUCCAGGAGGCCACCGAUGACCUAAAACUGCAACAGGCUACGCUGCUGGAGCAACAAAGCAAGUGUAGCUCCGCUUUGUCCCCCUUACGGACGCUUCCGGUCGAGAUACUACAAGAAAUCUUCAAGUUCGCGUGCGAGAACGACAUGCUAGUACGGCAGGAUAUUUGCAAUGUGUGCAAGCAUUGGAGGACGAUUGCAUAUCGAUGUCCAUCUCUGUGGACUACGUUCGUGAUCAGCAAACGUCACAAACCCUUGUAUUCACCCUCCAUGGAGCAGAUACUCUCGCGGAUUCGUCGUGCUGGAGCACUGCCGAUUACACUCGACUACAAGCACACCUAUCUACCAAGCGCAUUUCUCAUAUCCAUUCUGAAAUCCGGUGUUGAAGGACGAUGGUCAUCGAUUUCAAUGCACGUCCCUCAUGGUAGCUACCUUCCAUUCAAGAAGAAAGAGAGAGUAGAUUUCACCAAUCUCAAGACCCUCUCCAUUUGCCUCGAUGACGGCCACAUCGGCCGCUGCAAAUAUACUUUUCCAGCUCUGAAGGAAUAUAAGGUGGCUUAUUCAAGCCCAGACUUCUACCCCCCGGGCCUACAAGUUCCUUGGUCACAACUUACCGGCCUCAUACUCGAAACGGGAAUAGGGCUGGAGGAGUUUGUUCAAAUCCUUCGCCGCUGUACUCUUGUAGAGCGCUGCUCCGUCUGGCUGGAUGUAGACGAUGUCUUCCACUCUACAACGUUUCAGCCCAUCAAACUCGACAAGAUUCAGCAGUUUUCGAUAUACGCCAACGCGUUUCCGUCCGGCCUUCUUCCGGUGACGGAGACCCCAUUAUUGCGAAGGUUCACCUUCAGGAUCAAGGGUGAUUACACAGACGCCUUCGUUUAUUGGGAACCUCAAUUGAUCCCCUUUCUUCGCCGUGCCGCCAACACCCUCAUGGCUCUUGAAUUGGAGAUCGAAGACGCGGACCUGGAUGAAUUACACGAAUCCUGGAUUCAAAUGCCUCUCCUCAGUGAAAUCAAGCUCCACUCUUUCCGACCCCUCACGUACCCGGUCGAAGAGGAGUUCUUCCAGUUCCUUACCCUCUCACGCUCUAACCAGACCCUACCGAACCUCGAAGUUUUUGCACUCGCCGUGCCCCUCCUACCAAGCAUCGUGGACGUGCCUGGGACAGAAGAACUCUUCAUGGAUUUUGUCAAGUCACGCUAUUGGAACGACGCGGUUAUCCAAGGCACUGCCACUGCUCCCAAACGCAAGCUGAAGCAAGCGGUCCUUAUAGCAACACUCGACACGCGCUUCAUGCUAGAGGGCCGCUUCCAAAACCUCUCUACCCAAUGUCCGGAUCUGGACAUUCGCCACACCACAAGCGGCGAAUGGGCACAAGCACUCGCAGCCCACCUCAGGCUCCAGGUGCGUUAA